UCUUCCUUCUCGAGUAACAGACAUCAAUAUGGUGUCCAAGAGUAUAAUUACUCUUCUGGCCCUCACAUGCCUCUUGGCGGCCACGUGCGCUGAUCCAGAGCCUGAUUAUGGCCAUGGACACGGAGGCCAUGGCCACGGUGGAGGAUAUGGAAAAGGCCAUGGCGGAGGCUAUGGCCAUGGUGGCGGGUAUGGAAAAGGCCAUGGCGGAGGAUAUGGCCAUGGUGGCGGAUACGGAAAGGGCCACGGUGGAGGAUAUGGCCACGGUGGUGGUCAUGGCCAUGGAGGAUACGGAAAAGGUCAUGGUGGCGGAUAUGGCCACGGAGGAGGAUAUGGCCAUGGUGGUGGAUACGGAAAAGGUCACGGAGGAGGUUAUGGCCACAGUGGAGGAUAUGGCAAGGGCCAUGGUGGUGGUUAUGGCUAUGGUCAUAGCCAUGGUGGAUAUGGCCACGGAGGAGGAUACGGAAAAGGCCAUGGUGGCGGCUAUGGCUAUGGCCACAGUGGUGGAUAUGGAAAAGGUCACGGAGGAUAUGGCCAUGGCGGUGGCCACGGUUACGGUUAUGGUCACUAACUUCAGAAAUAAAGUACCAAAGCAAUGGAGUGAAUAAUGAGUGAAGUGCUGUGGAUACGGAAUAUAUGUGGUACCAUACCUAGGAGUGACGCUCUUCGCAUU